AAAGGAAAUGGAAAUCAGAUCCAAAUUAUACAAAAUCCUGGUACGACAGAGGUGCAAAGACUUUUCAGGCUGAUAAGUACCAGAAGGGAGCAUGUGAAAAUGGGAGUUUAAUGAUCGCGGUAUUCCACUGGGAAGUGCUUUUCAUAUAGGGAAUGACAAGAUUGCUGAUGGUGUUAUGAGCUCACAAGAUUCAUAUAUCCGCUCUUAUCCAAAACUGGUUUGUUAGUCUAUCAAAGAAUUUAUAUGCAUUUACUUAAUAAUUCUAUAAUUUGUGAUGGUACCAUGAGUUUUGUCAGGAAACUAUACUCGGUCGUUAAAUUGUUGAAUGCCUACAGACAAGUUUUGAUCUGGUUUUCUAUAGUCACUAUAGUGAUAUAAUCAUGUUAGUAACAAAAGUUUGUGUAUCUGAUUUACUUAUUCUUGGGGAUAGGAUGCAUAUUUUAGCCCAUGAAAGAAAAUUUAAACUCUUCUUACCAUAUUUUGUGUUAGAGUUAGGAUUUAUUUAUUACCAGGGGGUUUCAUCCUUUUCUUUUUACAGCUGUGGGGCGAUCACGCAUACCACAAAGUUGUGCAUGGAGAGGCCUAGAAAAAAAGGAGCAAGAUGGACAAACAUGCACAUUGCACCUGAUGAAAAAAUAGAGAGUUUUGAGCUGGAUUAUGAUGGAAAACGGGAUAGAUGGAAUGGUUUUGAUGCAGCAACUUAUGCUCAUAUCAUUGAGAGAUACGAGGCAAGGGAUGAGGCUAGAAGGAAAUACCUGAAGGAACAGCAGAUAAAAAAGUUGGAGGAGAAAAAUAAUAAGCAGAAUGGGGAAGGGGAGAUUAGUGAAGAUGAUGACGAUGAUGAUGCUCUGAAGGUAGAUGAGGCCAAGGUUGACGAAAGCAAACAGAUGGAUUUUGCAAGGGUUGAGAAGCGUGUUCGCACGACUGGUGGUGGAAGCACUGGAACUGUCAGAAAUUUGCGCAUUCGGGAGGACACAGCUAAAUAUCUUUUGAAUCUUGAUGUCAAUUCUGCUUAUUAUGAUCCCAAAACUCGGUCCAUGCGUGAAGAUCCUCUUCCUGAUGCUGACCCGAAUGAUAAGUUUUAUGGAGGAGAUAACAAAUAUAGAGUGAGUGGGCAAGCUCUAGAGUUCAAGCAGCUCAAUAUUCAUGCAUGGGAGGCAUUGGAAAAAGGGCAAGACAUUCACAUGCAAGCUGCUCCAUCUCAAGCAGAAUUACUGUAUAAGAACUUUAAGGUCAUUAAGGAGAAGUAUGGCAAUGCUGCAACUGAAGAACAACUUCCGAAGGAGCUUCUUUUGGGACAGUCUGAGAACCAAGUUGAAUAUAAUCGUGCUGGCAGAGUUGUAAGGGGCAUGGAGACAUCCCUUCCAAAGAGUAAAUAUGAAGAGGAUGUUUAUAUCAAUAACCACACAAGUGUUUGGGGAUCAUGGUGGAAGGAUCACCAAUGGGGAUACAAGUGUUGUAAGCAAACAAUUCGGAACAGUUAUUGCACUGGUGUAGCUGGAGUUGAGGCUGCCGUGGCAACUGCAGACCUAAUGAAUGCGAACAUUGCCCGCAAAGUAGCCUCUGAAGAGAAGCCUGCUCCAACAGAAGAAAAGAGGGUUGCUACCUGGGGAACUGAUAUACCCGACGACUUGGUCCUUGACCAGAAAAAACUUGAUGAUGCUCUUAAGAAGGAGGAUGAGAGAAAGACGGAAGAAAAGGAUGAAAGAAAGCGCAAAUACAAUGUUAAAUGGGACGAUAAGGUUACUCCCGAGGAGAUGGAGGCGUAUCGAAUGAAAAAGAUUCAUCAUGACGAUCCCAUGAAAGAUUUCCUGCACUAAAGAGUCAACCGUAUUUGCCUCUAAUCUGGAUACUGUAAGCUUAGAAAUCUUAAUUAGCAUCUUGUCGUUUAGGCUCCGAGAAACAUUUGCAGAAACCUGCAGUUGUCUGAGCUCUUUGGAUCUUGCUAUUUUUGUGCACAUCUGUAGAACAAUGAAAUCAUAUUAGAAAAAGGACAAUUGGAUUCAACUCUACUCUUUCUCCAUGGAUUGUGGAAA